CCUUGGCGUGUUGGUUGAGGAGAAGCUGCAUGACCUCGCAGUGUGUGCUUGCAGACCACGAACCCACCACAGCCUGGGCGCAUCAAAAGCAGCAUGACCAGCAGAGCGAGGGAGGGGAUUCUCCCCGUCUACUCUGCCUUCCUUAAACCCCAGCUGCAGUCCUGCAUGCAGCUCUGGGAACACCACCACAAGAGAGACGCGGAGAUGCUACAGGGAGUCCAGAGCAGGCCACAGAGAUCCUGCGAGGGCUGGAGCACUUCUGCUCUGGAGACAGGCUCACGGAGCUGGGCUUGUUCAGCCUGGAGAAGAGAAAACUCCCGGGAGACCCUAGAGCAGCUCACAGUGACCAAAAGGCGCUACACGAAAUACGGAGAGUGGCGUUUGACAAGGGCCUUUAGGGACAGGACCAAGAGGAAUGGCUUUCAACCGGCACAGACUCUAUUCAUAUUAGAUACUAGGAAGAAAUUCUUCAUCGGCAGGGUGGUGAGACACUGCCACAGGUCACCCAGAGCAGUUAGAGCUGCCCCAUCCCUCUGCAAUGGCCUUUGAGUUCACAAGGCCAUCAGCAAUAGCCUCUGAUACGUCAUAUCCACAGCGCAAGAAUGCACUUAGGACCUCCAGAGAAAAAGAGACCACUGAAAAAAGAUUUAAACAAUACAAAGAAAUGAUGCACAAAAAGUGAUAGAAACAAAAACAGAGAGAGAAACAGAAAAGUUUCACAAAUAACGCAAAAACUGAACAACCAAUGACAUCAUCACUUUAACACAGUGAUGUAAUCGCACAAAAACAUAUACCAAAAGUGAAAACCCACAACCAGUACUCCAGCCCAACACAAGGAAAAGGGAGCUGGGCAGGAAGGGAAAUCCAGCACAACGCAACUGGAAAGAGACACAGCCGCACAGGAAAAAGAGAAACCACAGAAAAACCACACCAGCACCACUAGCGCCCCACGUGUGGCUGCCCCUCAGCGUUCACACCUCCAUCAACCACUACAACCAAACUCCUGCCGGAACCGGCACCACACAAAACGCAACCACAAAGCACAGCCACGGACUUCCCCACCCAGAGCCACCCCAGAAAACGCUCUGCCCCACGAGCAGCACAGCCCCCAGACCAAACUGGAAACCACAGCCGGCAACUGGCCGCAAGUGGAAAGCGAGGAAGGGGAAGCCGCGCUGGCAACACAUAAAGCUGCCGCCCGGCAGCACCCCCAGCACAGCGCCCACCCGCACCACCAACAAGCCUCAGCAGACUCCUGACCAGCGCCCCCCACGCAGCACCCACGGCCCCACCAUGCCUGCGCCCGCAACCCCACAGCCCCGCCUGCGGCGCGGCGCCCCGCCGCUCCUGCUCCUCCUGACGGCUCUCGCCACCGGCCUCGCCUGCCACCUCCGGCCUCCCCGCGACGACACCUUCCCCUGGCGCAGCCUCCAGCUCCUGCGCGACAUGGCUCCCAGCCCCACACCGCCCUGCCACCACCACCAGGCGCCCGUCUUCCCCGACACCCUCCUGCACAACAGCCACCCGCAGCAAGCCGCCGCCACCGCCCUACGCAUCCUACAGCACCUCUUCCACACCCUCAGCAGCCCCAGCACCCCCCACAACUGGCACAACGACGCACGGCACCAGCUCCUCAACGGCCUCCAGCACCGCAUCCAGCGCCUCCAGCACUGCCUGCCGGACAACGCCACGCUCUUCCCGGGACAAGGGCCCCGCAACGCGCUGCUCACCAUCAACAAAUACUUCCGACACAUCCAGGACUUCCUGCGCGCACACAACCACAGCGCCUGCGCCUGGGACCACGUCCGCCUCGAAGCUCGCCUCUGCUUCCAGCACCUGCACAACCUCACCCGCACCACGCGCAAUUAGCCCAGCGACACCCCGAC